AUGAAGCUCUCCUUCAGAGAUCUCAAGCAGCAAAAGUUCACGAUCGAUGCCGAGCCAUCAGACACCAUCGCGCAGGUGAAAGAGAAGAUCACCGCGGAGAAAGGAUGGGAAUCCUCGCAGCAAAAACUCAUCUAUGCCGGCAAGGUCCUCGCCGAUGCCAACACCGUAGAAUCGUACAAAAUUGAGGAGAAGGGUUUCAUUGUUUGUAUGAUAUCAAAGCCAAAAGCUGCCCCCGCGGCCAAGUCUGGCACUCCCUCUACACCGGCGCCAUCAACCUCGACCUCCACACCUGCUGCACCAGUUGCUCCUCAACCAAACCAGUCUACAGCAGCCUCAAAUCAGCCCUCAACUCCCACGCCUGCCCAGAGCACAGCCCCCGCGAGCGCGGCCGCUGGGUCUGGCUUCAAUGAUCCCUCAGCAUUCCUGAUGGGUACCCGCAACGAAUCAACCAUUCGCGAGAUGGAGGCUAUGGGAUUCGCAAGACCAGAAAUAGAUCGUGCACUGCGGGCAGCCUUCUUCAACCCUGAUCGAGCCAUCGAGUAUCUCUUGAGUGGCAUCCCAGAUAAUAUUCAGGCAGAGCAAAGACCAGCGACCCCGGGGGCUCCAGCUGCGAAUCCGGCGUCACCCCCAGCGCCUCAGCCCGUACAGCCCGCCCAGCCCGCCCAGCCUGCUCAAGCUGCUCCACCUGCAGGGGACGAGCCUAUUAACCUGUUCGAAGCGGCGGCACAGGCCGGUCGCCCAGCUGGUGGAAGAAGAGCUCCCGCAGGAGGUCAAGGAAUGGCGGCGGCAAAUAUGGACUUUCUACGAGCGAGCCCACACUUCCAGCAACUUAGGCAGUUCGUCCAGCAGCAGCCGGCAAUGCUCGAACCGAUCCUGCAGCAACUCGCCGAGGGUAAUCCUGAACUUGCCCAGAUGAUCGGCUCAAACCAGGACCAAUUCCUUCAGCUGCUGGCAGAGGAUGCUCAGGAUGCUGUCCCGCCCGGAGCAACGCAGAUCCAUGUGACCGAGGAGGAGAGAGACGCGAUCGAACGCCUCUGCCGACUUGGCUUUCCCCGUGACCAGGUCAUCCAGGCCUAUUUCGCUUGCGACAAGAACGAGGAGCUGGCGGCGAACUUCCUCUUUGAGCAGCCUGACGACGAAGAGCAGUCGUAG